GGCAACAUGGGUCGUGUUACCGGUGUCUCUGUGGCGCCUAAGGUCUUCUCCAAGACCGCCGUCGCUCCCCGUCGUCCCUUCGAGAAGGCUCGUCUGGACCAGGAGCUCAAGCUCGUCGGCGAGUUUGGCCUCCGUAACAAGCGUGAGGUGUGGCGUGUCAAGUACACCCUCGCCAAGAUCCGUAAGGCUGCUCGUGAGCUCCUUACUCUCGACGAGAAGGACCCUCGUCGUCUUUUCGAGGGUAAUGCGAUCCUUCGUCGUCUCAUCCGCCUCGGUGUCAUUGAUGAGGAUCGCAUGAAGCUCGAUUACGUCCUCGGUCUCAAGGUUGAGGAUUUCCUUGAGCGCCGCCUGCAGACCCAGGUCUUCAAGCUUGGUCUCGCCAAGUCGAUCCACCACGCUCGUGUCCUGAUCCGCCAGCGUCACAUCCGUGUCCGCAAGCAAGUGGUCAACGUUCCCUCCUACAUGGUCCGCCUGGACUCGCAGAAGCACAUUGACUUUGCUCUCAAGUCUCCCUUCGGUGGUGGCCGCCCCGGCCGUGUCAAACGCCGCAACCUGCGCAACAAGGGUGGCGACGAUGCCGCCGAUGACGAGGAGUAAGCGCUUGGCGCCUAAUUUUCGGCCCUUGUCUUUUCCUUCAAAUUCACACUAAAAACACGAA